AUGCUUCCGUACGUCGUACCAAUACUCGACGAAUCGUCUUUUACUGCCGAGUUUUUGCGCGCUAUGAACUUAUACUACGGCGAAUUUGUGUAUAUUACAAGUUUCAUCAUCUACCUUAUCAUCGUCGUCUUUCUGCUGUGCAACAGACAACUCAUCGGAUCUGUGCGCGUCGAGCUUCCGCUCCUGUUGCACUCUUUCCAGAUAUUUACGCUGUCGGGAAUCUUGCUUUAUUUAUGGUUCUAUCCCGCUUCUGAUUCCGCUCUUUACAAUCAUAUCAUUAAUGCUCUGGAGAAUGGCGGAUGUCUCGUUGUUGUCAACUUCUUCAAUUUCUUCUUGUCCACUAUCGAUCAGCAAUAG